CUAAUGUCAGCUGAUCGUACUGUAUAUACUUGUACACGAUAUUUACUACGUCAUCGGGUAGCACAAAUACCAAGCGUGCUGACAAAGCAGUUCGUGCCGAAUAUUUAAGGUUUCAUUCAAUUUUUACACCCCGUAUCGCCCGUGUAUAGAAGGAUAAUAAGUUGUGAGGAAAUAAUAAUAUCAGAAUGGCAAGUGUUGGGCGUGACGAAUUAUACGACGAUUGGAAGAAAAGAGCAUUUCUUGGACCGCUUCCACAUGGCUUUCUCAGGGUCGAAGAAAGCCCACGACAACAACAAGAGGCUGCCGAUCAACAAGCCGCUUUGGCGCUACAGCACCAUCUCCAAAGUGCACCGCCCGUAGUGGCGGCUCGCAUGGGAAGAUUGAGCGUGACGAUUACUCAGGCAAAAUUGGUUAAGAACUACGGCAUGACCAGAAUGGACCCUUACGUCAGAUUGCGAGUCGGUCAUUCCAUUUACGAAACACAUACGGAUCCAAACGGAGGAAAAAACCCGCACUGGAAUAAAGUUUUGCAAUGCUACCUUCCACCUGGGGUAACGCAAAUAUACGUUGAAAUUUAUGACGAGUGUUCGUUUAUGAUGGAUGAACUUAUCGCUUGGGGUCAUAUAGAAAUACCACCCCAAGUAAUAUUGGGAGGAGAGACUCACGAGGACUGGUAUCCGCUUAGUGGCAAACAAGGGGAUAAUCAGGAAGGCAUGAUUAACAUGGUUUUCAGUUAUGCGCCAACUCCUGGUAACCCGUACAUUGGUCAAACGCCGGUAAUGAUGGUUCCUUCGACUAAUUUAUGUGGUAUGACGCAAUAUGCACCGGUCAACGUAUAUACGGCUCCACCUGCCGUCGCUGCUGUUCCAGCUGUUAAUCCAAGUCAGAGGGCAAACGCAGAAAUUGAAUUGAGACAGAUCGCAGAGAUGUUUCCAAACGUUGAUAGUGAGGUCAUUAAAUCCGUGUACGAUGCGAAUCAGGGAAAGAAGGAUGUGACAAUAAAUUCUCUAUUACAAAUGUGCGAAUAAUUGU